AUAAUUAAGUGAAGAAACACGUUAAUCACAGGGUGAGAGACAACCCACUUCUCACAUUACAAACAGUAACUGCUAAAGUGCGCUAUUGCCUCAUCUCUCUCUCCAUCACCACCUCACUUCUCAGCUGCACCACAUCUCUCUCUCUCUCUCUCUCUCUCUCUCUCUCUCUCUCUCUCUCCCUCCCUCUCCCCCUCUCCCCCUCUCUCCCUCUCUCGCACACACACAAGAGGCACCCCCUCUCUCUGGCGUCACAUUACUACAAAGUUGCUCUAACUCUUUACAUGAAUUUAUCUGGAUCUGGUCAUUGAUUGUGAAAUGGAGAAGGCGACAAGAACUCUAAUUGUGAUAGUGCUACUACUAGGAACUGAAAGUGUCACCGGCGUGAUGUUUUCAUCGCGGCUAAUUCACAGAUUCUCCGACGAGCUAGAAGGGCUUAGGGUUUCAAAUAAAGGUGAAAACUGGCCGAUGAAGAGCAGCUUAAGUUACUAUAAGAUGCUCGUAGAUAGUGAUACGCAGAGACAGAACAUGAAGCUAGGUCCUCAUUCUCCGUUUCUCUUCCCCUCCGAGGGUAGUCAAACGAUGUCGUUUGGAAAUGACUUCGGAUGGCUACAUUAUACUUGGAUUGAUAUAGGAAUGCCAAGUGUUUCUUUCCUCGUCGCAUUAGAUACUGGAAGUGAUCUGCUUUGGCUUCCUUGUGAUUGCCUACAGUGUGCUCCGCUAUCUGCCAGUUACUAUAGCAUCCUUGAUAGGGAUCUAAAUGAAUACAGUCCAUCUGGCUCCAGCACUAGCAAGCACCUAUAUUGUAGUCAUCAGCUAUGUGAAUUGGGUCCAAAUUGCAAAAGUCGCAAUCAAUCGUGCCCAUAUACAGUUAACUACUAUACUGAAAAUGUGUCAAGUUCCGGUUUACUAGUUGAAGACAUAUUACAUCUUGUAUCACGCAAAGCUGAUGGAUCCAACAACUAUGUACGGAGUCCAGUUGUUAUAGGAUGUGGCAAGAAGCAGAGUGGUGGUUACUUGAACGGAAUAGCACCAGAUGGUCUUAUGGGCCUUGGACUUAAGGAUAUCUCAGUUCCCAGUUUUUUGGCAAAAGCAGGAGUAGUUCAGAACUCGUUCUCGCUGUGUUUUAAUGAAGAUGAUUCUGGGAGAAUCUAUUUUGGUGACCAAGGAAUUUCCACCCAGCAAACUACUCCAUUUCUGUCCUUAGAUGGCAAAAAUAUCACCUAUAUUAUUGGAGUGGAGUCAUGCUGCAUAUCAAGUUCAUGUCUGGAGCUAACAAGAUUCAAAGCACUUGUUGAUAGUGGUACGUCAUUUACGUUUCUUCCCAAUGAUAUAUUCGGAAGAGUUGUCAAGGAGUUUGACAGGCAAUUCAGUGGAGCCAAAACAAGCUUUGAUGGAUAUCUCUGGCAGUAUUGUUACAAGGCCAAUUCCCUCGAAUUGUCGAAGGUUCCAUCCAUGAAACUGAGGUUUGCAUUGAACAACAGCUUUGUGGUUCAGAAUCCUGUUUUCAAAAUCUACGACAACCAGGGUCUUGUUGGAUUUUGUUUAGCCAUACAACCUACGGAUGAAGAUAUGGGAACAAUUGGACAAAACUUCAUGUCGGGAUACCGGAUAGUAUUUGACAGGGAAAAUCAUAAACUGGGGUGGUCACGUUCCAGCUGUCAAGAGAUUGGCAACGAUAAUCAAAUGCCGCUCUCUCCAUCACCCAAUGGUAGCUUCCCUGAUUCAUUACCAACUGAGCAGCAGAGUAGACCUGGUGGGGUUGCAGUUGCUCCCGCUGUCGCUGGAAGGACACCCUCAAAGUCUUCAGUGACAAAAGUCAGACCAGUUGCACGAUUAUUAUAUGUAGCAGAGCUCAUACCUCUUCUAUCAUUUCUUCUGCUUGCCAGUGCCUCAUAAAUCAGAAUACUAUUUUGGGGCCAGACAACUAGACUGAUGCGGUCUCCUAGACUAUCUUGUGUGAUCUUUAUACAUAUAAUACUCCCCUACCCCUCUUUAUUGUAGUUUACAUGUCUCCCUGUUAGCUUAGGUUAUGUAGUCGGCUUUAGCAGUUAGAAGUGUAGAGCUUGUGUUGUAUUUCUCUUUUCGUUUCCUAGAGCUUGUUAUGUGUAAUUCGGUUUUUAGUGUAAAUAUUUCUUCACUCUUCACAAUUGGUGUUCUCCGAGAGAUCAAGUUUUGACGUCAAUUGGAAUGAAAAUUGUAUGAUCUCUCGCAAAUACGCUGGUAACUUAUGCAGCAGUGAAAUGUCGACAAGAUGAAAAUUUGUUAAUCUGCCAGAAAUAUCAGAGGUCGUUCAUGCCUCAACACUUGAUUCUCCCAA